AUGUCUGCCGAAGAUUUCAAACCUGAGACAUGGACUUCAAGCGCCAACGAAGCUUUAAAAGUUUCCAUAGUUGGAGAAAACGCUAUUCAAUUUUCACCGUUAUUCACGUAUCCAAUUUAUGGCGACUCAGAAAAGAUCUACGGCUACAAGGAUCUUGUCAUUCACCUAGCAUUUGAUUCAGUAGCAUUUAAACCGUAUGUAAAUGUUAAGUGUUCAGCAAAGUUAAAGGAUAACGAUGUUGUAGACGUGGAGGAAAAGUUACUUUCUUUUUUACCAAAGGAUGAUGUAAUCGUUAAGGAUGAAUCUAAGUGGGUAGAUUGCUUUGCAGAAGAGCAAAAAACUCACAAGUUAUCUGAUGGCUUUAAAAAGGUGUCAGAGUAUUCGUUGAAUGGAGAAGAGUUUGUUGUAUAUAAAGCGAAUUUGAUUGACGAUUUGGCCAGGAGAAUGCAUCGUCGUGUUCAAAUCUUUCCAAUACUUUUUAUUGAAGCUGCUAACUACAUAGAUGAGAGUGACCCAAAUUGGGAUAUCUAUUGGUUAUUUGACAAGAAAACAAAAAAGUUGAUUGGUUUUGUUACUACCUAUAAGUAUUGGCACUACUUGGGGGCACAAUCCUUUGAUGAGGAUAUCGACAAGAAAUUUAGAGCUAAAAUAUCCCAAUUCCUCAUCUUCCCACCUUAUCAAAAUAAAGGGCAUGGAUCCUGUCUUUAUGAGGCUAUAGUCCAGUCUUGGCUAGAAGACAAAAGUAUCACUGAAAUUACUGUAGAGGAUCCAAACGAAGCAUUUGAUGAUCUUCGCGACAGGAACGAUGUUCAAAGACUACGAAAACUUGGUUAUGAUACUGUUUUACAGGAACAUUCAGAACUUUCUGAUGAGUUUUUGGAAUCGAGUCAAAAAUCUUUCAAACUGGAAGAAAGACAGUUCAAUCGUAUUGUAGAAAUGCUUCUUCUUUUAGACAAUUCUCCAUCAUUUGAACGGAGGGUAAAGAAGCGGCUGUUCAUUAAAAAUUAUGAUGCGCUCGAUCAAACUGACCCAGAGAAAGCAAGGGAAGCUUUACAAAAUUCAUUUGUCUUGGUUAAAGAUGAUUAUAGGCGUAUUAUAGAAUCGAUAAAUACUUCUAAAACUUAA